UGGUUUCCAGCAAGCAAAGCAUUACCGACACCGGCAUUUACUUCAAGUCUCUUCUCGUCUUCUUUCCUUCUUUCCCUCUCUUUAUCUCCCUCUCUCUCUUUCAUGGCGUUUCUGCAGCUCCAAGAUCCGACAAAGCUGUAGAGAAAAAAAAAAGGUCUGGUUUGAGAGAUGAGAAGAAGGCUAUAAUUUAUCUUUUUUUAAAAAAAAGUUUCAAUCUAGCGAGAGAGAUCGUAAAAAGAAUGUAUGGAGAUUGCCAGGUUCUGUCUACAAUGGGAGGUGGAAAUAUAGUUUCCUCAGACCCACUCUUCUCAUCGCCGAUCCGAAGCCCGAACAUGAACUUCAUGACGAACAUGCCCUUCCAUCCUUUCUCAAAUAUCAUUCCUAAAGAAGAGUUAGGGUUGCUUAGAGGGAAGGAAGAAGAGAUGGAGAGCGGUGGGUCCGGAAGCGGACACAUGGAAGGAGGAGCAGCAUCCGGCGACGAGCUCGAGAACGAGCAGAAGCCGAAGAAGAAGCGCUAUCACCGGCAUACUGCACGCCAGAUUCAAGAAAUGGAAGCAUUGUUUAAGGAAUGCCCACAUCCAGACGACAAGCAACGGAUGAAACUGAGCCAAGAGCUGGGACUCAAACCACGCCAAGUGAAGUUCUGGUUCCAAAACCGGCGAACGCAGAUGAAGGCCCAACAAGACAGAGCAGAUAAUGUGAUAUUAAGAGCUGAGAAUGAUAACCUGAAAAACGAGAAUUUCCGGCUUCAAGCAGCGAUCCGUAACGUAAUCUGUCCCAACUGCGGUGGGCCGGCCAUCCUCGGAGAGAUCUCGUUUGAUGAGCAGCAUCUUCGUCUUGAAAAUGCUCGGCUCAAGGAUGAGCUGGACCGCCUUUCUUGUCUCACUUCACGGUAUACCAAUCGGCCACUGCAUGGUAUAGGCGGGCCGCCACCUGCGCUGCUAAUGCCGUCAUUGGAUCUUGACAUGGGCAUUUACUCCAGGCAUUUCCAUGAGCCUUUGGGUACUUGCACUGACAUGAUACCGGAGGCGGAUAAUCCACACUUCACCGACGGUCUCUUGGAGCAUGAGAAGCCAAUGGCGCUGGAGCUUGCGAUGAUGGCGGUAGCUGAGCUGGAGAGGAUGUGCCAGACGAACGAGCCACUUUGGACCAGAAGCACCAAUGGCUUGAAAGAGAUGCUCGACGUUGAAGAGCAUGCGAAGAUGUUUCUAUGGCCGAUGAAUCUCAAGCAACAUCACAACGAGUUUAGAACUGAAGCGACGCGGGACACUGCUCUUGUUAUAAUGAACAGCAUCACACUAGUCGACGCUUUCUUGGAUGCAAACAAAUGGAUGGAGCUGUUUCCUUCCAUUGUUUCCAGAGCAAAAACGAUUCAAGUCAUAACUCCAGGCAUUACAGGUCAUGGGAGCGGCUCCCUUCAGUUGAUGUAUGGAGAACUGCAGGUGCUUUCACCGUUGGUACCCACACGAGAGGCCUAUUUCCUCAGGUAUUGCCAACAGAACUUAGAAGAAGGGACGUGGGCCAUCGUCGAUUUUCCCAUGGACAGCUUCCAUGACAGCCUUCAACAUCAAACUGCCUUCCCUACAUACAAGAGGCGUCCAUCUGGUUGUAUUAUUCAAGACAUGCCCAAUGGCUACUCAAAGGUCACAUGGGUGGAGCAUGCUGGAGUAGAGGAUAAACCGGUGCACCAGAUAUUCAAUAGGAUAGUAAAAAGUGGAAUGGCAUUUGGGGCGCACCGCUGGCUAGCAGUUCUUCAAUGCCAGUGCGAGAGGGUGGCUAGUCUCAUGGCUCGAAAUAUUACUGACCUUGGAGUCAUUCCAUCUUCGGAAGCGAGAAAGAAUACGAUGAAGCUGGCCCAGAGAAUGAUCAGGACGUUCUGUGUAAACAUCAGUUCCUCUGGGGGCCAGUCAUGGACGGCUCUCAGCGAUUCCCCUGAAGACACCAUUAGAAUCACCACUAGGAAGAACAUGGACCCUGGCCAGCCCAACGGUGUUAUCCUCAGCGCUGUUUCCACGACGUGGCUUCCGUUCUCUCAUGACCAAGUGUUCGAUCUUCUAAGGGAUGAACGGCGGAGAUCUCAGCUGGAUGUUCUCUCCAGUGGAAACUCUAUCAAUGAGGUGGCCCACAUCGCAAAUGGCUCGCAUCCAGGGAACUGCAUUUCGCUUCUACGCAUAAAUGGCGCGAGCAACUCCCCUCAGAACGUGGAACUGAUGCUUCAGGAGAGCUGCACCGACCCAUCCGGCAGCCUUGUCGUCUAUGCAACAGUCGAUGUCGAUGCCGUCCAGGUGGCAAUGAGCGGCGAGGACCCAUCCUACAUACCGCUCCUCCCGAUCGGAUUCGUCGUGUUGCCGGCAGGACCCGUGAAUCACAGCAACAGCAACGCCAUGUCUCCGUCGGAUAGUGGAAACGGGCCCACCUCCGGCUGCCUUCUCACAGUGGGUCUCCAGGUGCUGGCGAACACGGUCCCGUCGGCGAAGCUCAACCUCUCGAGCGUCAGCGCCAUCAACAACCACAUUUGCAACACGGUGCACCAAAUCAACGCUGCUCUAAGUGGUGGAGUCGUUGCCACUGAGCCAGCGGCUGCCGCGCCGCCCGAUCAAUAGCGCAGGAAUGGUGGAAUUACCCGGAACGUCCAUCUCUCGCCUCCAAAUUACCAAAAUGCCCCUGCCAUUAAUAGAUAUGUGGCUAAAACACCCUUGAAGCACGAGGAGAGAUCUUCCUUGUUAUAGCAAAAUCGGCCAAUUUCCAUAUUUUCUCUAGCAGAAGAGAUUGCCCAUUUGAAUUCACCAUAAUGCCCUCUGUUCAUUUUGUGAAUGGAUGUAAAUGGGGGAUUAAGGUGAAUCUUUUUGUAACCUCCAAUGCUUCAAGGGUAUUUUCGUCAUUUCGGCUCAGCCUUGGGUCUUUUUGUCAACAUCGGUCAUGUUCCCUCCAAGAGAGAGACGGAGGUUUUGGGUAAUUUCAAGCCACGCAGAAGGACGAAAUUGCCCACGAGAAAUGUAGGAUAUCGUAGGGAAUAAGAUAGGAAAACAGUAAUUUAUUUUGGACAAAAAGGGUUGUGAGUGGAAGAGAGGAGGGGAGGGAGUCAAGAACGCACCAGUUGUGAUCCUUGCUUCCUGGUAAGGCUAACGUGCGCUAGAUGCGCUGGCCUCACCAGGCAGCAAGGGUAAUGGUUCGGGAAUUGACUUCUGCUUGUCGGUCUCUCCUUUUUUUUUUUUUUUUUAAUUAAUAUGUGCUGGUGAAUCAUUUAAUUCUCAUUUAUAUUUCUUGUUGUUUGGUUGCC